AUGAGUGUCGUAAAUCUAGUCCGAUAUUGUUCGGUGACAUCGAGAUUGAGUUAUUUUACAGCAAGAUCUUUAUUAACAGUAGAAUCAACUAAUUGCGAUGCUCGACGACAUGCUGGUCAUGCUCAUUGGCAAAAUAUUGCAAAGACUAAAUCUGCUAAUGAUCAACUCAAAGGACGUGUUAUAGGAAAAUUAUCCAGUAAAAUCGUUACAGCUAUUAAACUAAAUGGUAAUAUUGUAGAUCCACAAUACAAUGCUGUACUACGUUCAGUACUUGAAGAAUGUCGUAAAAAUAAUAUGCCAAAAGAAACAAUUGAUCGAUCUAUUAAACGAGCUAUUGCCCAAAAAGAUAAUACAAAACAAGCUAUCUAUGAAUUUGUUGGUCCUGGUCGAGCAUUUUGUGUUAUUGAAACUAUGACCGAUAAUCCAAAACGUACAUAUAAUUAUCUGAAUAAAAGUGCUGCUAAAAUUGGUAUUCCAGAAAUAGCGAAAGGUGGACAAAUAGCUGAAUUUUUUGAUCAACGUGGUUAUGCAUGUAUUGAAAAAGCAAAUAUAACAGAAGAAAAAGCAACUGAAUUAGCUAUUGAAAUAAAUGCUGAAGAAGUUAUCGAAUCAAUCGAUGAUGAUGGUGUACGAGAAGUAUGGAAAUUUCUUGGCCCACCAGCAUUUUAUGGACAAAUGAAAGUUAAUUUAACUCAACGCGGUCAUAAUGUAACAUGUGAUGGUUCAGAAUUUAUACCGAAAGUGACUGUACCACUGAAUGAACGCGAUAAAGUAUUAUUACGACAAAUUGUAGCCAUGUUUGAAGAGUUAGACUCCGUAGAAGGUGUUCAUACUAAUGCUGCGUAA